ACAAAAACAACAACAGAACCCAGCUGUUAGCAGCUAACUAGCCGGCCUAGUUAGUGAACACCGUUAUUAUCAGAUGUUUUUAAUGUGAGAUGUGUAUUCGUUGCUUUACAGUUACUACUACGUUCGUAUAUAAAGCAAACGUCAUAGAAAACAGCAACAACGCGUUUUAUUUAGGGUUUAUUUUAUAUUCCUUUGUCUCUUAUCUGCUAUCGUUAGCUUCUAAGAGGAUGGCUUUUUAACUGGGGGGAGCCCGCUCCACUGAAAGACUUCCUGAAAGCUGGAUAUAUUUAUGGCCAAGCCAGACCACAAGACCACCCGGUGGAGAUUCUGACCUCCACCAAUGACCACCAGUAUAUUACCAUCAUCUGUCUUCAUGUCGCCACGAAAAAGAACCCUGGUCCCUGUGAGCAGCCGGCGGAAAGCAGUGGACGACUACUUCCCCUUCAACUUCCUGCCGGUGGAGUGCCAGCUGCAUGUGCUGUCCUUUCUGAACGAGGUGGAUAAAUGUAGCUGCGCUCUGGUUUGCCUGAGCUGGAGCUGCCUGGUGCGCUCCUGGAAGCUGUGGCGUGUGGCGGACUAUUCCCGGCGUGGCGUCUUCCACCUGGGUCAGGAGGGGCUGCUGGUUUCUAACCGGGAGUUUGAGCGGUGGAAAGCCUGGGUCCACCACUACACCCAUCACCUGGUGUCCCGCAGAGCCAGCCUGCUCACGCUGAAGGCCAGCUUCGACCUGGGGGACCGCUGCAACAAGUGGAGCGAGCUGCUGAGUCACCUGCUGGACAACGUGCACUGCAGAGACCUCAGCCACCUGGACCUGAACUGGACCUUCACUCUGCUGGAGCCGCUGGAUCUCAGGGUGCACUCCAGCUCCAGCUCACACCAGGACAGCAUCACCAAGAUGGACCAGGUGACCAGUUUCCAGGAGCUGCUGACCAAACUCACCCACAGCUGCCCCCGCAUCUCUAAGAUGCGCUUACACUUCGACUGGUCGGACGUGUCCAUGUCGCUGCUCACCCAAUUCCAGCAGCUUCGCGUCCUUGAGCUCAAGUACUUCUGGGUCUUUAAAGGAGUGACCCCGUCGACACUGCAGCACCUUACCAAAUCCCUGCCUAACCUGAAGUCCCUGACUUUACAAAUCCUUGUGCCGCUGAGGAACCUGGGCAUCUCGUACACCCUGGAGUCUCAGUCUCUGGAGUUCCUGGACGUGUCCCCCAGUCGAGGCUUGGUCUUCUCCUGCCUGAAGCUCCCCGCCCUGCGCGAGCUUCGAGCCAAGAAGAUUGUCCGCGGGAUCACUCUGGACCGUAGGACCCGGCUGAGGAUCCAGAGCCGCUGGCCCUGUCUGUACCAUGUCCUCCGGGAGGGGACGCCCCGGCUCCAGGCCCUCAACAAUGAGAGACUACUCCCCACGUGGAGAGAGGAGAGCUACGGGGAGAUGACGGCCAUCCUGGAACAGUCCUGUUACUGUGUGCAGCAUCUAGACAGCUGGCUCUGGUAGUUCAUGCAGCAGUGACCCUUAGCAAUGUACGGUUUUACAUUUCCCGUUUGAAUUAACAUGCUGUUACAUGGUCAUGGUGGUCGAAAGGCGCAAACACGUUACACCGACCCAAAACAUUUCCAUUAGGAGAAAUGGUGCGAAUAUAAAAACACAAAUGUGCUAAAACACUUGCUAAUCAAGAAACAACUUCACAACACAUGCAGCAUUUAGAAAAGAUUCGCCAACUUGAAGAAACAUGUGCAGUGUUUACUAAAAUCGCUUGAAACACAAAACCCUUCAAGAAGCUUAAAAACAUAACGGAAACGAGGGGACACUAAAAAGUGAAACACACCGCUGGGACCGGAGCGCUUGAUGACAAUCUGGGAUUACAAAGUUGGCAAUAAUAUCGGAAGGAGUGAUCAUGUGAUCACAUUGAUAAAAUAAGCCAAUUAAGAUGGCUAAAGAAAACAGUGACAGUUGUCCAACUUUAUAAUCCCCGAACAUCAACAAGAGCUCCCAGUUCCCAGCUGUGUGUUUCACCUUUUGGUGUCCCCGUCUCUGUUGUGUUUUGACCUUCUUCGUGUUUUGUUUAUUUGCAGCAUUUCUUAUUUGCAGCGCUUUUUUAGAAACGCUGCCCAUUUACUCAAGUUGGUGAAGUUGUUCCUUCAUUUGAUGUGUUUUGGCACAUUUGUGUUUUAAUAUUUGCAUCGUUUCUGAAUCUGAAUUGAAAUUCUCCUAAUGGAAAUGUUUUGGGUUGUUGUAGUGUGUUUGCACCUGUUGGCCACCAUACAUGCACAUAGUACAAAACAUUUAAAUAAUUGAGUUUAUUUUUUUUCUUUAACAGAAAAUUACAAUCAAAAACAAGAGAAUAAAAGACAGCAAGUCUAUUUCUUUUUAUUUCGAUUGCCCUUUAUCUUUCAAAGUACUUCAUGCUGAUUGCACUCUUGGCAAGAACUAAUAUGAUUUUAUUGGUACCAAUGAUAUAAUUAAUUCCGGUUCUUGAUAAUUCCUGAAUGAAUUUUCGGUGUGUAAAAAGUGACUUCCACACUGUUUAUUUUUAGCAUUAACAAAGCUAUAUUUACCUAUGUUAAAUCAAGACAUUCCUGGGACUGUAGCCCAUGUUUUCCUGACAGAGGUUUCUGGUGCUUGCACCAUUACUUGAAAUGAGCAUUAUACAGCCAUCUUUCUUCGUGAAUUGAGGCACCCUAUCUUCCUCUCAGCCAGGACUUCUUCUUGCUGAAGUUUCUAGAAGUCAAGACGCAAGUCGGCAUUGACAAAGGGACUUGAAAAAAUCGGAGCUGAACAAUUCUGAUGGAUUGGACAAUUUUGGAUUUGUUUUCCGCUCCCAUAUGCACUGUGUUGUACUGGCCUGGAUAUAUUUUCAACAUUAACUACAACUCUACCUGAAGUGUGCAUGAUCCAUGUACCAUACAUGAUGUGUAAUGGCUGCUUAGAGUUGUGAAAGUUGCCUUUUUAAAUGACAACAUUGUGAUGGAGCACUAGGAAAUAAUGUAUGUGCUGUUUUAAUUUCAUUCCUUUUUUAACCUGAACCCCAGUGCUCUGUGCUUUUGCAGUUUUCAUUCUAAUCAGUAGAGGUCCUUGUUGUCAAAGAUGGUGAUUUGCUACAGCAGUGUGUUUACACAUGCACUUGUGUAACAGUUCUAAUGCUUCAGUUCUUGUGCUCAUGUGUUGUACGUGUGGCAGAUGUGUGCUUGAGGCUCUUCAGAUUAUUUCGAUGUACAUACAUGUGAGAUUUGGUUGAGAUGAUGAACGUUUGAAUGUAGAACAUUUCACAAGAUUCCUCAUAAAGAACUGUAUUCAA